CCUGCAUAAUUUGUGUGAACUCUGAAGGCAUCAAUCCAUCGUCCACCUUGUGGUGUCAAAGUUCUCGGUCUCGAUCGAUAGACAGCUGCAGGUGCCAAAACGAUGCACAUCUGUGAGCAGAAGCGGAAAUUGACGCCACCAGAGAGGUAGAAAUCGAUCGACCACCUGAUUAGCGCGCGUGUCCGCGGCGCCGGCCGGUGCGACUCGUCUCGCUGUCGCUGGUACUUAAAACCACGACGCGAGAGUGAGACGCCGACCGCAAGCUGCUUGCUCGAUCCCAUUUCCACACUGACCGAACAGGAUAGCAUGGCGGCCUCGGAACUGCCCGUUCCGAAGGGCCUCAAUGCCGCCAUGGAAGACGUCGCGGCCAUCAAGAAGGGCAACUGGGGCUUCGUACAGUUCUUCUUCGUGCUCUCCGUUGUCCUGUGCGUGCUCCUCUACGCCCCGCGCUUCUUCGUGCUCGCCCCGUACGGCAUCGACAUCGACUUCUUCGCGCCGAAUUCUUCGCAAGGAGCGUCGACUAGACCGGUACAGAGGCUGCAUGUUAAAGGCGAUGCUGGAGACGACGGCUUGAUUAUUCUUGACAACCAGGUGGGCUCCCCGUGCUCGUCCAUGCGCAACAACACCAUCUGCUGCGACCGCUCGGACUUCAACACCGACGUCUGCUUCAUGGCCGGCGACGUGCGCACGGACGCCUCGUCCCUGUCGCUCCUGCUGUUUCCGCCGCACCAUUCGGCACUGAGCGUUACAGCGGAGGAGAGGGUACGUCCCUACACGCGCAAAUGGGAGCGCUUCAUCAUGGGAAAGGUCCAGGAGGUGCGGCUUCGUGUGCCCCGGCCGGAGGAGGCCGCCGAGCACCGGUGCGACGUCCGGCACGACGCUCCGGUCCUCGUCAUGACGGCGGGGGGAUACACCGGCAACUUCUUCCACGCGUUCAGCGACGGGUUCUUGCCGUCGUGGCUGACGGUGCAGCACCUUCGCCGCCGCGUCGUGCUGGCCGUCCUCUCGUACAACCCGUGGUGGGCCGGCACGUUCAGUGAGAUCAUCUCCGGCCUCUCUGACUACUACGUGGUCGACCUGCUCAACGACAAGAGGACACAUUGCUUCCCUAGCGCCAUCGUGGGGACUCGCUUCCACGGCAUCCUCAACGUCGAUCCCGCCAGGCUCCGGGAUAACAAGACCAUCGUAGACUUCCAUCAGCUUCUGGCCGACGUGUACGAGGCAGCCGAUAACCGCAAGCCGGAGAUACAGAAACCGGGCCGGCGGCCAAGGCUCGGGAUCGUGUCGCGCAAGGGGACGCGCGUGAUCGAGAACCAAGCGGCGGUGGCGCAGCUCGCGUCAUCGAUUGGGUUCGACGUGGACAUCCUGGAGACGGCCAACGGGAUGCCACUCUCGGCCGUGUACGCGUCGGUGAGGGCGUGCGACGCGCUGGUGGGCGUGCACGGCGCGGACCUGACCAAGUUCCUGUUCCUGCGCCCCGGCCGCGCUGUGCUCACCCAGAUCGCCCCGCUGGGCGUCUCCCCUAUCGCGCGCGACUGCUUCGGCGGGCCGUCCGCGAGGAUGGGGCUGCACUACGAGCAGUACGACGUGCGGGGCCCUGAGAGCUCGCUGAGCCGCAAGUACGCGCUGGACGACGUCGUCAUUGCCGACCCGGAGACGACGAAGCGGAACAAGGGGUGGGACUUCGUGGCGCGCGUGUACCUGCGCGGGCAGAACGUGAGCCUGGACCUGGGCAGGUUCGGGAAGACGCUGGCCAGGUUGCACUCGCGUGCCCUACUGCUGCAGCGGCAGGAGAGGCCGUAACGGUGAUGGAGUAGAUGGGUUGACGUGUCGUCGCCGAUCGAUCGAUGGUGCUGUUCUGGUAGGGUGCAGGCUGGCGCGGUCGCUGAGGUUGGGGAGCAGCAGCCAUCAGUACCAUGGACGAUCGAUGUCGAUGAUGACAAGCAUAUAUGUUGGAUUCUUGCAUUGUUCAUCACAAAGGGUCACAUAUACCUGUAUCGUUGUACUGUUCCUGGAGCGUGCUUAUUGGUUGGGGUACCAGGCCUCGUAGUGCAUUUAUACAGUGAGACUGUACAUUUGGUGUUUCAAACUUUUAAAGGCCAGAGUCAUGAAUAAAAGAUAUAUUGGUCAUC